AUGAGAACAACUGUAGAACGUGUUUUAGCUCAUUUACUUCUCGUGUACCUUUCAGCACACAAUGUAAAGUGCGAAAUAAGCAGAUAUUUCUUGAUGCACGAAAAGUAUGACGAUUUCAAUUUAGAAAAAUUUAACUCCUCCGAUUUUUUAAAUGAAGAAAAGUCAUACAUUGCAGAUGUGAACUCGGUGGGCAAAAGGAAAAGACUGCAAAAUGACAACGGCAUAUUUGCAGGCAAUCCUUUAUAUGGUUGCUUCAACAAGUAUGCACUGAGGCGAAAUGGCCAAUAUGGCCAAAAUGUCGUAAAUAAGGAUCGGUCUGCAAAAUUAAAUGUAAAAAACGAACCUGCGAAAUGCAAUGGAGAUACCUGUUCCAGUUUCAUGCUUAUAAAAGCACAUCUCCCAGCUAGACACACCGUGAAGAAAAAUGAAAAAAAUCACACAUUGUGUAACCUGCAAAGGGAGGGAAGAAACUGUAAAAAAAUUCCCAUUGGUGAGGAAAAAAUGGAGCAAGCUGUCACCAUAAAUAAGCACAAUUAUAACUCCAACCUGGUGGACCUCACGAGAGAACUUAAUAAGCAGCACAUGCCGCAUGGUUUUCCCGAAGGUUAUUCCAAGGAGAAAAAAAAAAAUGUUCACACGGAACCAAGUGACAUUCAAAGCUUUACUCAUUCUGAGAGGGACACAGCUUCUCCCUCUAAUAUGAAGAAAAAUCCAAAGCGAGAAGAAAAACAAAUCAGAAUUCAUGGUAACUCCAAGCAAAAUGAACUACCCCCAAAUGAACGGUCUAAAAAUGGACGAGAUAACAUGGUAAUGCUUCCUCCAUAUAAUGAUAGCAUUGGCUACUCUGGAGGAAACUACUUCGAAAAGGAAAAAUUCAUCAACAUAAAAUUCCCAAUAAAGAUCAGCCGUGAAGUUGCCGAACAGAAUCAAGAGAUGGACAACGAGAAGCAGAUCAUGAAGAAGCUCCACAAGCAUCAGGCACCUAGGAACAAUUCAGAUGCAAAUUUUGCAGAAUUUACGAACAAGGAAGGAGAAGCAGACAAUACUGAGAACAGAAAUAAAAAUAUUGUAAAUUCCAAACUGGGGGAAGGUAACCUAAUAGGCAUAUUCAAAACUCCGUACAUCCUUGGAAGAGAUAGUUUUUUCAUCAAAAACGAAAUGGAAGAUUUGAAGCAGAUAAAUUCAGAAAGGGGGAAUAAACAGUAUAAAGAUUUCGACUUAAGAGACACUCUAAUGGGUGAAACCGGAAGCAUAACGAAUACUCAACCACUUGGUGGCGGCACACAAAUUAUGAAAAAUAAAAAUAAUGUGCUAACGCAUAAUCAUAAUCCUAAUUAUGGAGAGAACCACGCCACAUAUGAUAAGGUACACAACCCAGAUAUCGAUUUGUCGUUAAAGUACCUAGGGUUAGGCUACGACAUCAUUAUGGGUAACCCGGAAGGAGAUCCCACGAUAAAUGUCGACCCGGGAUUCAGGGGACCUGUGCUUCAAAUAAAUAUAGAAGAAAUGCGCGUGAAUAAGGAUAUCAGUGGUGAUUUGAAUGGUACUACUUCUCUUUACGGUAGCGAUAUUCGUGGAGGAGGCCUCCCAUACAGAGAGUCCACACUCAUGGGGGACUACACCAUAGAGGAGCACAAGACAAAACUAACACCGUGGGUGAUCCCUGAGCAUUCGUGUAGCCAAUCCAAAAAUGUAGAAGAAAUACAAAAUUUGGAGCAAUACAAAAUGGAAUUAUUGUCCGAUGUUAAGGUCAGCACACCGUCCAUUUUCCCAUACUCCUUCUCCGCAUCGGCAGAGUAUAAAAAUGCGAUAAAGAAAUUAAAGGUGCAAAAUAAUGUCAUAUUUAUGAUGAAAAUUUAUUGCCUACGUUAUUAUACUGGAAUACCAACUACAACUAGUUGGAGGUUCACAGACAAUUUUAGAAACGCCUUGAAGAAGCUCCCCCGAACUUUUGACGGCCUAAAGGAAGAUAGUCAAUGUUCGUAUGAAUACUACAUCAAUAAGAUACAUACUCCCGAAUGUGAAGAAAAUGUGAACAAGUGGAUGAUGUUUUUCAGACUUCAUGGUACGCAUGUAGCCCAUGAAAUAUACUUGGGUGGAAAAAUAAUAAUAAAAAUGAAUAUGGAAAAAGACGAAUACAACAAAUUGAAAGAUAACAAUAUAAGCAUAAAAACGUUUUUCAAUUUGUACUUUCACAAAAUGGGGUUAUCUGGAGGAUACAGCAAACACACACAAAAAUUGGUGAAGAAAUUUAGAACCUCAGAAGAUAUAUCUAUUCUUGGAGGAAACCCAGGACUAAAUAUAGAAAAUUCCACUUUCUUUGAAAAGUGGGUAAAUUCAAUUAAUAAGAAUUCCAUGCCUAUAAGAACCAAGUUGUUACCCUUCAGCUUUUUUAUGGACGAUCCUUACAUGAUACAAGCGUAUAAAGACGCCUUAACGUUUUAUGGCCUCACUUAUGGGGUUCAAAUAUUUGAUCAUGAAAAAUAUAGCCAUGUGGUAUUAUCUAUAGGUGAAUAUCUUGAAAAGUGCACACAAAAAUUGUACGCGGGCCCUCCUCCAGGAUUAUUAACAUGCCCAUUGGGAAGUAGCCUCCUCAUGGGAUUUUCUCUAAAUUUAGAUUUUUAUAAAAAUAAAGACUUAAGCAGCACUAAUGGUAUGGCUAGCUGUGAACAGAUGAAAGAAUCCUGUAGUGGUAAUGGCUUCGGUAAAAAGUAUUCAGAUAUAAGAAUAUGGGGAUUAUGCUCUGAAAAGCCAUUGGACUUUAUAACACAAGUUGUGCAACAAGGGGAGUCCCCCAAAAUAACUGCUUCUUGUCCUGGUAAUUUAGUUAUCCUUUUUGGGUUUGCUCUAAUGAAAGGUAAAGGUUCAUCCUCUGCAAACAAGGUGGAUAUAUAUCCAUGUCGAACCGGCCAAAGCAGCUGCUCUGCGGUUUUACAGAACAACAAAAUUAAGCAGAGCAUGAUAUAUAUUGCUUGUGUCGAUAAAUCCACGAAUGGAUUAGGAAAUAUUCAAACAUACAGUAAGGUAAAAAAUAUGGGUUAUGUAAAUUCAGAUAAGGAUGAAAAUGAUACGUCGCUUAGUUUUGCUUGUCCAAAAAAUAGCUCCUUGAUAUUUGGUUUUUCCCUAGAAUUUCAUACGAACUUUUCAAAGACGAGGAAUAAUUUUACGGGGUGUUCUAAGGCCUCUAACACCUGUCAUAUUAGUGGGACUCGCAUUAAUACGAAGCUUGGCUUUUUUAAGCCAGACAAGUAUUCGCUAGCUAUAGUGGCAGUCUGUUCCACUCGCCGGGAGUUGUCCCUACGCGCGUGA